CGUCCCCGCCUACCCUGCCCGCGCCCCUGCCUCCGCCUCUGCCCACCGGCCAGCCCGUUACAACUGCCCCAGGACUGCAACUGGGCAGCCGCUGCAAAACAGACGGCUACCAGGUUGCCCCUCUCUGCUCCAGCUAGAAAGACUUGAGUUAGGCAAGCAGAAGCACACGCCCUACCUUAUGGCGACAGAAAAUGGAGCAGUCGAAUUGGAAAUCCAGAGCCCAUCAACAGACAAGGCACCCAAAGGUGCAAUAGGCGAAGGACCCCCAGCUGCAGAGAAAGACCCUAGUCCCCCAGACCCAAAGAAAGAACCUGGUCCCCCAGAGCCACAGAAAGACCCUGGCCCCCCAGACCCAAAGAAAGAACCUGGUUCCCCAGACUCUGAAAAAGAACCUGGCCCCCCAGAACCAAAGAAAGACCCUGGCCCCCCAGAACCAAAGAAAGACCCUGUCCCCCCAGAACCAAAAAAAGAACCUGGCCCCCCAGACCCAAAGAAGGAACCUGGCCUGCCAGACCCCAAAAAAGAACCUGCCCCCCCAGGCCCAGAGAAAGAACCUGGCCAUCUGGGCGCAAAGAAAGAACCUGCCCCUCUAAAGCCAAAGAAAAAACCUGACCCCCCUGACAAAGAAAAAGAACCUGCCUCCCCAGGCCCAAAGAAAGAACCUGCCCCCCCCGAUGCAAAGAAAGAAACUGGUAUCCCCAGCCCAGAAAAAGAAUCUGACCCCCCAGACCCAAAGAAAAAACCUGGGCCCCCAGACCCAAUGAAAGAAUCUGGCCCUGCAGACCCAAAGAAAGAACCUGGUCUAGGCCCAAAAAACGAACCUGGUCCCCCAGGUUCAAAGAAAGAACCUGUCCCCCCAGACCCAAAGAAAGAAUCUACUUCCCCAGAUUUAAAGAAAGAACCUGGCCCCCCAGACGCAAAGAAAGAAUCUGUUUCCCCAGAUCCAAAGAAAAAACCUGGCCCUCAAGACCCCAAAAAAGAAUCUGUUUCCCCAGACUUAAAGAAAAAACCUGGCCCUCCAGACCCAGAGAAAGAACCUGGCCCCCAAGACCCAAAAAAAGAAUCUGUUUCCCCAGACUUAAAGAAAAAACCUGGCCCUCCAGACCCAAAGAAAGAACCUGGUCCCCCAGACCCAAAGAAAGAAUCUGUUUCCCCAGACUCAAAGAAAGAACCUGGUCCCCCAGACCCUGAAAGAGAACCUGGCACCCCAAGUCCAAAAAAAGAACCUGGCCCCCCAUGCCCAAAGAAAGAACCUGGCCCCUCAGGCCCAAAGAAAGAACCUGGCCCCCCAGACCCAAAGAAAAAAUCUGUUUCCCCAGACUCAAAGAAAGAACCUGGUCCUCCAGACCCCGAAAAAGAACUUGGCACCCCAGGCCCAAAAAAAGAACCUGGCCCCCCAUGCCCAAAGAAAGAACCUGGCCCCCCAGGUCCAAAGAAAGAACCUGGCCCCCCAGACCCAAAGAAAAAAUCUGUUUCCCAAGACUCAAAGAAAGAACCUGGUCCCCCAGACCCAAAGAAAGAACCUGGCAUCCCAGGCCCAAAAAAAGAACCUGGCCCCCCAGGUCCAAAGAAAGAACCUGGCCCCCCAGACCCAAAGAAAAAAUCUGUUUCCCCAGACUCAAAGAAAGAACCUGGUCCCCCAGACCCAAAGAAAGAACCUGGCCCCCCAGGCCCAAAGAAAGAAUCUGGUCCCCCAGACUCAAAGAAAGAACCUGGUCCCCCAGACCCCGAAAAAGAACUUGGCACCCCAGGCCCAAAGAAAGAAAUUGGUCCCCCAGACCCAAAGAAAGAAUCCAGUCCCCCAGACUCAAAGAAAGAACCUGGCCCCCCAGGCCCAAAGAAAGAAUCUGGUCCCCCAGACUCAAAUAAAGGAUCUAGUCCACCAACCCUGAAUAAAGGUGCCAAAGCCCCUGCCCCAGAGAAAGGGGACGGUGCCCUGGCCCAACCCUCAACUAGCAGCCGGGGCCAGGAGGGAGAAGACAGCUUGGGCAGCGGACCUGCGGAGGGCAAUGCCGGGCCGCAGGCAGCCCUGCCCCAGCAAAGCGCAACAGCAGAGACCAGUUUCAAGGAACCCAACGCUGAGCAGGGGACCUCAAGCAGCCAGGACCCUGGAGAGCCCAAGGCACAAAAGAAGGCAGCAGAGUGCCAAGAAGCGGCCAGGAGGGGCUCGCCUGCCUUCCUGCACAGCCCCAGCUGCCCAGCCGUCAUCUCCAGCCCCGAGAAGCCUCUGGCCCAGGAGCCCCCAAAUGAGGCAUCAGAGCUCAUCUUUGAAGGGGUGCCCGUGACCCCCGGCCCUGUGGAUCCCGGGCAAGCCAAGGCAGCAGAAGGAGGGGAGAACAUCCUGGAAGGCAGCCAGAAGGAAGCAGAAGAGAAGGCUUCAGGCCAGGCUGGCCAGGCUAAGGUGCAAGGGGACACCUCGAGGGGGAUCGAGUUCCAGGCUGUGCCCUCGGAGAGAUCGGAGGUGGGGCAGGCCCUCUGUCUCAAAGCCAGGGAGGAGGACUGCUUCCAGAUUUUGGACGACUGCCCACCACCCCCGGCUCCCUUCCCCCACCGCAUUGUGGAGCUGAGGACGGGGAAUGUCAGCAGUCAAUUCAGCAUGAACUCCAAGGAGACACUGGGCGGCGGCAAGUUUGGAGCAGUCUGUACCUGCACAGAGAAAGCCACAGGCCUCAAGUUGGCAGCUAAGGUCAUCAAGAAACAGACACCCAAAGACAAGGAAAUGGUGCUGCUUGAGAUCGAGGUGAUGAACCAGCUGAACCACCGCAAUCUGAUCCAACUGUAUGCAGCCAUGGAGACCCCGCAUGACAUCAUCCUGUUCAUGGAGUACAUCGAGGGCGGAGAGCUCUUCGAGAGGAUCGUGGAUGAGGACUAUCAGCUGACGGAGGUGGACACCAUGGUGUUUGUCAGGCAGAUCUGCGACGGGAUCCUCUUCAUGCACAAGAUGAGUGUCCUGCACCUGGACCUCAAGCCAGAGAACAUCCUGUGCGUCAACACCACAGGCCAUUUGGUGAAGAUCAUUGACUUCGGCCUGGCACGGAGGUAUAACCCCAACGAGAAGCUGAAGGUGAAUUUUGGGACCCCGGAGUUCCUGUCACCUGAGGUGGUGAAUUACGACCAAAUCUCCGAUAAGACAGACAUGUGGAGUAUGGGGGUCAUCACCUACAUGCUGCUAAGCGGCCUCUCCCCCUUCCUUGGAGAUGAUGACACAGAGACCCUAAACAAUGUUCUAUCUGGCAACUGGUACUUUGACGAGGAGACCUUCGAGGCUGUGUCAGAUGAGGCCAAAGACUUUGUCUCCAACCUCAUUGUCAAGGACCAGGGGGCCCGCAUGAGCGCUGCCCAGUGCCUUGCCCACCCCUGGCUCAACAAUCUGGCAGAGAAGGCCAAGCGCUGUAAUCGACGCCUCAAGUCCCAGAUCUUGCUUAAGAAAUACCUCAUGAAAAGGCGCUGGAAGAGAAACUUCAUUGCUGUCAGCGCUGCCAACCGCUUCAAGAAGAUCAGCAGCUCAGGGGCACUGAUGGCUCUGGGGGUCUGAGCCCCGGGAGUGGCUGAGGCCUGGACGCAGCCGCACAGUGGUCAGGGCUGAGGCCACACAGCCCAGGAGGCCAGAGCAGACGGGCCAGACCCCAGGGAGGGCUGGCCAGGACAAGGCUGCGUCAGGCCGGAGGCUCGGGGUUCCCCAUGCCUCCACACAGCGACUGCUUCCCCGACAAGAGCCGCCUCGGAUGUAGCCUGAACCCAUCCUGCUAACGCUUCUCCAGACAGGGCUCUGGCCCAUCAGCCACAACCUAGAUGCCACAGGCCGGGCCCCAUUGUUCCCUCCCCGGCUUCCCCUCUUGGAACUGCUGCCCCGGUGACCCCUGCUUGGCCCACCUGGGCAUCAAUGGUGUGGGCUUGCUCCUAGCUGAAGUGGGAGGGCUGGGGGUCCCAGUGUGUUGGGCUCCUGGGGGUGUGGAUGGGAGGCUUUUGGUGGGGCAGGAAGGCAGCAAAACCGAUGUCUGAGGCCCAGCUGCCAGGGAGACAGAGCAGGCUUUGUGCAAGAGGACCUCCGUGCCCCGGCCCGCCUCCCCGCUCCCAACAGAUAAGGCCUAGCACACACCAUCUGGCCCAGCCUGGCCCCCCGCCCACUCUCCUUGCGACCACCAACACACAGGAACUCGGUGUGAGAGAGAGGACAGCCAGGCUUGGAUGAGGGGAAGAGGGGGGCCUGGGGGACAUGGGAGACCACCCCCGAGCUUGCCUGAGGGCCAAGCUGGCUCAAUCCAGCCACUCCAGGCCCCCAUCCCAGGGGUCACCCGCAGACUCAGAUGAGGCUGGGUCAGCAGGCCCAGGAGGAGUGAGAAGGCCAUGGGGCAGUCCCCAACCUGCUCUCAGCUUGUGCCUUGUAAAUAAAUGUACAGGUUGCAUGUGG